AUCUGUUGGUCACACUCACUCACAGUGGCAGACCAGACACACCACACUCUUAGAUACUCACCGACUUUUCUAUCACACACAAAUCUGUUCUGAUAUUUAUUGAAAUAUAAUUAUUUUUUACUGAUUUAACUAAACAGAUCUGGAUAUACGUUUUGGUUGACUACUGGGCCGAGGAGGGGUCAUGGAUCCAAUUGUGGAAGUAGUGGCUUUGCUGCUGGGGUUCAUUGGUUGGGUGUUGGUGGGGAUCGCGCUGCCAAACCGUUAUUGGAAGACGUCCACCGUCGACGGGAAUGUCAUCACCACCUCCACCAUCUAUGAAAACCUGUGGAUGUCUUGUGCGACCGAUUCGACGGGGGUACAUAACUGCAGGGAGUUCCCGUCACUGCUCGCUUUGAGUGGUUACAUCCAAGCGUCUCGUGCCUUGAUGAUUACAGCAAUUGUGUUGGGCACCUUUGGACUACUGGGGGCCCUGAUAGGAGUACAGUGUUCGAAGGCUGGAGGGGAAAACUAUCUUCUUAAAGGGAGGAUUGCUGGCACCGCUGGGGUCCUUUUCAUACUUCAAGGUGUGUGCACAAUGGUGUCAGUGUCCUGGUACGCCUUCAACAUCACUCAGGAAUUCUUUGACCCUUUCUAUCCUGGGAUAAGGUAUGAAAUAGGAGAAGGACUUUACAUCGGCUGGUGUUCCGCUGUGCUCGCCAUCGCUGGAGGAGCUUGUCUUACCUGCUCCUGCAAAUUUGGGACAGAGGAAAAAUACCCUUUGCCUUAUCAGACCAGGGGAACUGUUUAUUCUGGAGCUGCACCGACCAGAAGCGUGGCUGCUAGCACUUAUGGACGAAAUGCUUACGUUUGAGCAAAGAUAUGAAAAUGUAAAGAAAAAAAAAAUCAAAUCUCUUACAAAUGAACUUUUUUAUCACCUCAGUUUUUGGUGACUCAUCUGAAAUGCUCAGUUUUUACACUUAAGAUGGACCUUCUUUUUCCCGCAAGUAUGUGGAAAAGGUCCAUCAAAUGUAUUGUAUAUAUAAUCGCAAUAUCAAGUAUGUAUUCUGUUAAAAAUUAUAGCAUUGUAAUGAUAGCAUUGAAGUUGUAAAAGUUGUAAAAAGCUCACUUUGUCACCACGCACACAUACUGUAUGAUUGCAAUGAUUCUAUUUAUGUUUUCCCGAUGAUGUUGCACAAAUACAUCAACAUACAGUCACUUAUUUUCCAAAGGAAUCCAAUCAUUCGAUGAUCUGCAGACACACUUCUAGACAUUUGUAAGGGGAAGGUCAAAACUAUGAUAAUCCAGAUAUUUGUGUGUGUUGUUUUGUACAGUUUUAUAGAUAGUACAUGUGAAAAGAGGGUGGAGGACAAGUUAUCUUCAUUUUCUUGGUUUUUGUUUGUUUGUUUUUCUACAAUUGUGCACAAUAAAAUGUGUAAACAUUUCA